GCGUGCCCGGGCUUCCACCCCCGCCCCGCGUGUACAAAUACGAGCGCCCAGAAGAGGGCCGGAGACCCCGGUGUCAUAACCGGCAGUGCGAAGAGGACUGACUAGAAGCGGUGCCUCUGAGGGUCUGGUCUUUUGUCUACGGCGGUGCAUAUCUGAGUAUCUGACGACCGCCCGCCGCCGGCGAUGGGCUGCUGGUGGGAGCGCCUCGUGCUGCCGGUGCGAAGGGCGUGGCUCGGCGUCGCCUCCCGCUUCGGUGUGCGCCAGUCCGGGCUGUGGAGGCUCCGGCAGGAGGUGAGCACGUGCGAGUACGAGGACGUGCGCGUGAUGUGGGAGAUGCUGAGCCGCACCGCGUCGGCGCCGCCGGCGCCGGCGACCAGGCGCCACAGCAGGUUCCGGCAGCCGCGGCCGUGGGCCGACAGGCUCCGCCUCUGCCGGGACAUCUAGACUGGGACCGUCGACCGGGGGCCGCCGCUUGCUUGCUUGCUUGCGGCUUACUGCUUGGUCUUGUGUCCUGGUUAAUCUAGCUUCUUGAUCUGUAUUGACCUUCCCUUCCCUUCCAUGGGUUCUCGAUCUUUUUCCUCUGCUACCGCCGCUGUAUGUACGCUGCUUGGGGCUCUGAGGUGUACUCCAUUCCUCCCCGUGUAUCCGGUCGAUCCGCAUGUAGAUGGGUGAUACCUCUGGGGUAUGUGAAUGAACAGAGCUGUUUCGUUCGAAUA